ACUUGCAAUAUUUAUUUAUUAUUAAACCUAGAAGUAGAAAUGUCAGAAGACAAUACUCAUGUCAGGGAAUAUAUAUUGGACGCGGACUCUGAGCUUCGAUUUGAAAUCGAGCAAAAAGAUGCCAAAGUUUUCGUGACGCUCAUCUCCGGGUUUGCAGAGCUCUUUGGCACUGAAUUGGUAAAGAAAAAGAAAUAUGAAUUUGGCAUCGGCGCCAAAGUGGCUAUAUUUACCUACCAAGGCUGCGUGCUGCAAGUGACGGGCAAAAUGGAUGUGUGUUAUAUUUCUAAAGAGACACCGAUGGUACAAUAUAUAAAUUGCCACGCCGCUUUAGAGCAGUUUCGAAUCGAAGCCGAAGAACAGGAUAAACGUGGCCCAGUUAUUCUAAUUGUAGGGCCCAUGGACGUGGGUAAGAGCACACUGUGUCGCAUUCUGUUAAAUUAUGCAGUACGCGUAGGCAGACGACCGCUUUACGCAGAUCUCGAUGUGGGCCAAGGCGCUAUUUCCAUUUCCGGCAAUAUAGCUACUAUCCUCAUUGAACGACCAGCUAGUGUUGAGGAAGGAUUUGCAAAAACAGCACCAUUAGUUUAUCAUUUUGGUCACAAAUCUCCUAGUGGCAACAGCGUGCUUUACAAUGCUGUAGUAUCGAAAAUGGCUGAAGUGACACUGCAAUCGUUGGACGCCAAUAAACGGACUAAAAGCUCAGGCAUUAUUGUCAACACCUGUGGUUGGGUUAAGGGUUACGGCUAUAAACAUUUGCUGCAUGCUGCCCGAGCUUAUCGCGCUCGUGCCAUUUUUGUAUUGGACCAGGAACGUUUGUACAAUGAUCUGUUGCGGGAUGUACCGACCAACGUUCAUGUUGUUCUCUUGCCAAAAAGUGGCGGCGUGGUAGAGCGUACUAAAGAAUUAAGGCAUGAAUCACGCGAGCAGCGUAUAAAGGAAUAUUUUUAUGGCAAUAUGCGUACGCCUUUUUAUCCAUUUUCGUUUGAAGUAAAAUUUCAAGAUCUACGGUUAUACAAAAUUGGCGCUCCACCAUUGCCCGAUUCCUGCAUGCCGAUCGGUAUGAAGGCGGAAGACAACAAAAAAAAAGUUGUAGCAGUUACACCGACGCCAUCUCUACUACAUCACAUUCUUACAUUAAGUUUUGCAGAGUCGACGGAUGAAAAUGUCAUUGGUACUAAUAUUGCUGGAUUUUGUUGCGUCACGGAGGUGGACAUGGAGCGACAAUCUGUAAUGUUGCUCUCUCCACAGCCACGACCAUUGCCUGCGAAUGCGCUGUUGUUGUGGUCUGAAUUACAGUUUAUGGACAAUCAUGCCUAAAAUUUGCGCUUGUGAAUACAAUUUUUUGGGUGUGCAAAAAGU